CUCCGCCCGGCCAUCAUGCUGGCAUCGGGGCUGGCAUGAUCCUCUCCCCUGCCCCCUCCUCCACCCGCUGUCGCCUUCGCCCCCUGCAGUCGCCCUCCCUGAAAGCUCCCUCGCUCUCCUUUCUCCCUCCUCUCGGGUUUCGAUCGUCAUCAGCAGCAUGGGUCUGUCCCCCGGGCCCGCAAGCGGGUCGACCGCGCCUGGUCCCCGGCCCUGCCCGGACACGCUACGUAUUCUGCUCGCUACCGACACCCACUUGGGGUACCUGGAGAGCGACUCCGUCCGUGGGGAUGAUUCCUUCAACUCCUUCGAGGAGGUGCUGCAAAUCGCCAAGAAGUACCAAGUCGAUUGCCUCCUGCACGCAGGGGACCUUUUCCACGACAAUAAGCCCACCCGGACGACGCUCUUUCGGACGAUGGAGCUCUUUCGCAAGUACUGCCUCGGUGAGGAGCCCAGCUUCCUGGAGCACCUCAGCGAUCCGGCGGCCAAUUACUCGACCAACUCUUUCGGCACGGCCAACUACCUGGAUCCGAAUUUCAAUGUGUCCCUGCCCGUGUUCGCCAUCCACGGCAACCACGAUGACCCGACCGGUGACGGGAAUCUAUGUGCCCUCGACCUGCUCAGUGUCAGCGGCCUGAUCAACUACUUUGGCAAGGUGGACCAGGUGAAUCAGUUCAGCGUGAAGCCGGUCCGCCUGCGGAAAGGCAAUGUUGAUCUGAAUAUUUUUGGCAUCGGAAACAUCCGCGACGAGCGACUGCACCACACCUUUCUCCAGGAAGGUGUCAAGUUUGAGGAUCUCCGCCAUGACCGCUGCUUCAAUAUGCUGAUGCUCCACCAGAAUCGCGUCCAACACACCGGAGCCCUGGCACAAAACUUCAUCCCCGAGGAGUUCCUCUCGCGUUAUGGCUUCCACCUGACCUUCUGGGGGCAUGAGCACGAGUGUCGCAUCAUCCCCCAGUCUGGGACGCCGCUCCCCGUGUCACAGCCCGGGUCAUCGGUCGCCACGGCCCUGUGCAAGGGCGAAGCCGUGCGCAACCGCUUCGAUCAGUAUCGCCGCGACCCGGAUGGCUUCCGCGAGGGGACAGUCACACCAUUGGCACUGGCCGAGUCACUUGAGUCGGCCGAGCAGGCGGCCGUCUUCGAUCGGCCGGUUGUGUCCGAUCUACACCCUCUCGGCCGGGCGGCUUUGCUGCCCGGUGACGCGGGCGCGCCGGAGGUGGGGUUUGGGAGUGUGCCCCCCCGGGCGGUAGUGGCCGGCUCCCGGCCGCGGAAGGGCCGGGCCUCCCCCGGGCCCUCGAGGGCGGCCUCGGCAGCGCCCCCUUCAAAGGCAUCAGCCACCGGGGGCCCGGCGCGGCGACCCCCCGCCCGCCGGUCCGCCGUUCGUCCGGCCUCCGAGUCCGAGCUCGAGUCCGAUGUUGACAUCAUGUCCGAGGAGGACCUCGAGGACUAUGUUCCCCGGAGUACGGGGCGCCGGCGCGCGAGGGCCACCACAGCUGCCACGGCCGGUGCCGGCACCGGCACCGGCACCGGCACCGCUGCCGCGCCCGCUGCCCCGCCACCCGCCAAGCAGGCCCGCCUGGCACCGGCGAUCAAGUCGGAGCCCGGCGCUCAGGCACACAGCCCCGGCGCCCUGCCCACCCAGCAGGACACCCUUAGCGCGCCCUUCUCUCAGCCCUCCUUCCUGGGGGCCGCGGCUCCGGCACAUGUUGGCCGGCUGACUUCGUUGCUUGCUCGGCCGGGGGCCACUCCGGGGGCCACUCCGGCGGCCGUGGCCCCGGGCGGUCGGCCUGUCGGCGCCGACUCGGAGGACGACAUCCCGGAUGCCUUCUAUCGGACAGCCCGGAGUUCGGGCGCGCCGCCCACCUUCUCCUCGGCUGCUGGCCUGGACUCCCUCCCGGCGGCCGACGGCUUCGAUCCCUCUUCCAUUUCACAACUUCUCUCCAGCGAGCCGCCCCUUUCGCAGCUGGAGGACUUCCUGUCCAGCGACUGA